AUGCAGUCCCGCCUUACCGGAUUGGCAAAAGUUUGGUACAACGGGCUAGCAGAUUAUAACUUACAAUGGGAUGAAUGGAAAUUGGCUAUUUCACGCGCUUUCCCUUCACACACCGAUUACGUUGACUUGCUAAAACAAAUGUUAGCGCGAAGUAAGAAUAAUGAUGAGAGCAUGAUGCAUUAUUUUUAUUCGAAGAAUAUGCUGGUAAAAAAAUGUGGACUAACAGGGGAAAAUGCAGUUUCCUGUAUAAUUGACGGAUUACCCAUACCACUACAAGCUAACGCCAAAACAGGGAACUAUGAGUCACCAGACGAGCUGUUCUACGGGUUCCUUAGCAAAAUAGAGAGUAUUAGCGAGUCGGCAGCUAAGAGAAUGGGAACCACAGAAAAUUUUGAAGGUCAACCCAGUCCAUCAGGGCAAUCUACCUUUAAGUGUAUUCUAUGCAAGAAGGUAGGACAUAAAGCCCGACAUUGUUUACUUAGAAGAUCCAAUCAGGCGGCUAGUAACAGCACUCCAAGGAGCAGUGAUCAGGGUAUCCGUUGUCCUCGUUGCGGAAAGAAGGGACACACGGAGCAACUGUGUUGGUCCAGGGUUAAGCCGACCUGUUCGAGUUGCGGUAAAAUAGGACACAAGGACCAAGACUGUUGGAAAAGACCGAGUAUGACAUCUACCUGCACCAUCUGCGGGAAAAGGGGACACCUAGCUGAAAGCUGCUGGACUAAGGAACGAGGAAAGCCUAUGAAUGUUAGGAUCUUGAAAAAGCAAGUGUCCAAUUCCUUUUAUAAUAUAGCCGUAGAAAUCAAUGGUCAAAAUUUCAAUGGGUAUAUUGACACUGGUAGUCAGUUGAAUGUCGCAAAUAUUAAGGUGGCCAACAAAUUAAAUUUAAAAUUAUAUCCAACUGAUAUAUUACUAAGGAAUUUCAGUGGCUCUCUCAUAGUGCCAGAGGGUACUAGUCAGGUAGAGAUAUCUAUUGGGAAGAUUUUUAUGAGCACGUCUUUGGUAUUUGUAAAUGUUGAAAUGUCCUCAGUUGAUGUUAUUAUUGGACAACCGAUUAUACGUAAUAGCAAAAAAGUGACUUUGAAUAUCACAGGUGGUCAAGUGCAAUUAAAACCAGCUGAAGAUGAUUUGUUAGAAAUGUUUAGUUUCCUAGAUAAUAUAGAAAAAAUGCCUAUUGAAAUUUUCGAACAUGUACAUAUUCCUGCUCUAAGCUCUAAGAGAAUAUUGAUUGCUUUAGAUAAUACCCAAGAUAUUGUUAUUAUAAGUGGUCAGCUGUUUACUUGUUCCCAAAAUUGUUCUAUACAAAGUUGCAUUGUUAGUGGACCAGUUCAAACUUUGAAUGUCAUAAAUUGGGGUAAUAGGCCUAUUUUUUGGGCAAAUCUUAACAAAAGGGUUCAAGCUAAGUUCUUCGUCUAA